CAUGGUGCUGUACACCAAUACUGCCAUUGAUUGAACAUGUCUCAUAAUCAAUAUGCAUCCAUAAAGUUGUGUGUUAUAAAAAUAGAAUGCGGACAACCAGGCCAUCUGCCUCUUAGUAUGGUGGGGCUGUAGUGAGGUUUAAUCCAGAUUACGGCCGGGCGUAAAAAAAAAAAAAAUGUUGGUGUCUGUUCCCUAGCCGUCAUUGCGUCCUUCACUACAAAUCCAAGCAGCAGGACAGGUUAGCUAGACAUACAGGAUCCUAUUCGACCUAACCAACCGCUAAGAAUCCCAACCCAUCAGUGGUGACAAUAGGGAAGCAACUAGUCUUAUUUACAAUAAUAUAAUAUAUAUAUCUCCAAGUCUAGAGCAGCAAGAUGUUCCUAAUCAAGACAAUGAUGCCUAACCCGCUGGCUGGUUUGAAUCCUAUGGGUGGAGGAGAGGAGGAUGUGGAGGCGGCACCUGCCGACCCAGCCAAAGCAGCAGGGAUGACACGCGAAGAGUAUGAGGAGUACCAAAAACAGUUGGUGGAGGAGAAGAUGGAGAGAGACGCAGACUUCUUACACAAGAAGGCUGAGCGGGCAACUCUGAGGGUGUGCCUAAGAGACAAGUACAGGCUCCCAAAGAGCGAGCAGGACGAUAACAUGCUCGCAAUGGCCGGAGACGAUGUGGACGUACCCGAGGAGCUGCUCAAGAUGGUGGACGAGGAUGCCACGGAGGAAGAAGACAAAGACUCCAUCUUGGGUGGCCUUCAGAACCUCCAGAACAUGGACAUGGACCAGCUCAAGGAGAAGGCCUCUGCUACCAUGACGGAGAUGAAAGCCAAGGCAGAGGAGAAAUGCUGUGUCAUGUAAAUAAAAUAAAAUGUAAUAUUUCAGUUCACUGAUCAGGGGUGAAACUUAACUUCCACUUCAGUCAUUUUUUGGUCAUUUAGACUUGGCUUAUGUGGAAGUUAGGAUACGCUCCUAACAGUCCAAGAGUUUCAAGUCUUCACCAUGCAGCAGACCUGGGUUUAAAAUUAGUAUUGGUUUUGGUUUGGGACUAUUGCGCCAGGCAUUGUUCAGUCAAGCACAGCUAAAAGAAAACAAAUACAAUUUGAAUCCAGGUCCUUCUCUCAUUCUCGCCACCCCCCAAGCUGUGAAAGCUCCCUGGAGAUGUAUGUUCAAUGGCAGAGGUUCUUGUUGGAAACUCACUUCCUAACAACCUCUUGUGUGAAUGGUCUGUUUUGAUGUGUUCCCUUAAUUUGCUGGAUAGGUCAUUUGUUGAAUGAAUAAAUUGUUUUAAAUUGUUGCUCCCCCUCCGUCCUUCUCAUGUUAUUUUUUUAUUUAAUCUGGGAUAAUUACUUAAUUAACUAAUACAUUUUCUCAUUAAUUAAUGAAGAAAUAAUAGUGAACUUGGCCACUUUUCUUACACUCUAUACAGACCAAAUGCAACUGACAAUAUGCAUUCUGUUGCAUAUCCUCAUCCACCCACACGAUUGUACAACUUUCAAAAUCCCCUCCAUCAAUGUUCAUCUAAAACAUGAAGCAUAAACCAAGCCUGAAAGAGACAAAUAUUUGCAGUUUUGCACAAGUCCGCAUUUGAAUAAAAUAUGUAGUCUUCAUUCCGUACUCAAACAUUAACAUUGCCUGACACUAACACUGAAGUACUAAUGUUGAGGAUUCUGGAUUAUUAUAGUAUAUAUACAGUAUAUUAAAUGUAAAUGUAUGUUGUACAGUUAGAAUGAUACAUGUUCAUGUGGAAGCCAUUGACUAAUAAAACGACUGACUUGUAAAAAACAACCAACCGACUAUUUACCAUCAUUGCUCAAAGUUUAUAUUUGUUUACAGAUCCAAAGCCUUCUACAAAUACUUGUAUUCCUAAUGCGUGAUAUAAUAGAGUUGGAUGAAAACUCCUUCACAGUCAAUCAAACACGCAGAUUAUGGAACUCAGAUUAGGUGUUAACCCCUAUGUUGUUUUAAUGGUCAAAAAUGACCUGCCACUAUGAUUAACAGCAGAGAAAACCCCCUAAAUACUAUUUUUCCUAGAGUGACCCCCAACAUUAGAAAAAGUGAAACAUCGCCUUUGUUCAUAUUUCCAUGAAAGCUGUACAUCACCAGGGUACAAAGAUUGUCUUAGACACCU